UUUUCACGUGCUCCUCUCUCUCUCUCCUCUCUUUCUCUCUCGUCUCCUGUAUAUCAGGAACGAGAAAGAAACCAACUCAGAACCAUUCUCUCUCUCUCUCUCUCUCUCUCUCUCUCUCUCUGUUUCUCUGAAGUUGGUUUUUGUUUUGGUUUUGAGAAAACAAAGAAAUAUGAGUGAAAUAAGAGCGAAAUUCGUGGAGGUUUACUCCUUUUUGAAAUCGGAGAUCCUCAACGACCCUGCUUUCGAGUAUACCGAUGAUUCUCGCCAAUGGGUUGAACGGAUGCUGGAUUACAAUGUCCCAGGAGGAAAACUUAACCGAGGGCUAUCUGUUAUUGAUAGCUACAAAUUACUUAAAGAAGGGCAGGAACUAAGUGAAGAGGAAAUUUUCCUUGCUUCUGCUCUUGGCUGGUGCAUUGAAUGGCUUCAAGCAUAUUUUCUAGUUCUUGAUGAUAUCAUGGAUAACUCUGUCACACGUCGUGGCCAACCUUGCUGGUUCCGAGUGCCAAAGGUUGGCUUGAUUGCGGUAAAUGACGGCAUUAUACUUCGUAACCACAUAUCAAGAAUUCUCAAAAACCAUUUCAAAGGCAAGACUUACUAUGUGGAUCUUCUGGAUUUGUUUAAUGAGGUGGAAUUCCAAACAGCCUCAGGACAAAUGAUAGAUCUAAUCACCACACUUGAAGGAGAGAAAGAUCUCUUAAAGUACUCGUUGCCACUUCACCAUCGCAUUGUUCAAUACAAAACCGCUUAUUACUCAUUCUACCUUCCGGUUGCUUGUGCAUUGCUGAUGGCGGGCGAAAAUCUCGACAAACAUCUUGAUGUGAAGAACAUUCUCAUUGAGAUGGGAACCUACUUUCAAGUUCAGGAUGACUAUCUGGAUUGCUUUGGUCAUCCUGAUGUGAUUGGUAAGGUUGGUACAGAUAUUGAAGACUUCAAGUGCUCUUGGUUGGUCGUGAAAGCGCUUGAACGUUCUACCGAGGAACAGAAGAAGUUAUUAAAUGAGAAUUAUGGGAAACCAGAUGAAGCUUCCGUUAAGAAAGUGAAAGAACUAUACAAAGUCCUUGACCUUGAGGGCGUGUUUGCGGAGUAUGAGAACAACAGCUACCAGAAGCUCAUAAAAUCAAUUGAAGCUCAUCCAAGUAAAGCAGUGCAGGCGGUGCUGAAAUCUUUCUUGGCCAAGAUAUACAAGAGGCAGAAAUAAGUAGUGGUGGACCUGAAGAUUAUUAGCAUUUUUUUUCUUUCCUAAUAAAGGUCAAAGAAAUAAUGAAGUGUUUAUUAUUUUUAUUGUUGUCCUGCUGAUUUUUGAUUUGGAAAGUGUAUCUCUCUCACAUGGUGAAUGUUUUGAGUUCUGAUAAUAUUUUAUUCCUUUUCUGCCUCUAUUCCUUUUCUGAGGCAGAAAAAAGACAUUAGUACUUUUCAGUUUAUCUUCUUGUUUGUUAAUCUUGUUUGUGUUUGUUUUCCAAAGAAGAAAAAUUCAAGGACUCCGUCCCAAGUGAGAACUGAGAACUGCCACCAUGUAUAUCUCCCUGCAUUGAUUA